AUGCGAUCAGCUUUAGAAGAGGCCGAUCAGCCUUCAAAUUCUUUAGAUGACAACGAAAUGAACUUGCUAAGAUCUGGUGAUUAUUGGGAUUCCGUAUGGGUAGAAGAAGUAAAUCCAAAGAAGAUAUUAAGAUCUUUUCAAGAAAAAACCGGCUAUAAUUUAGAAGAUUCAACAUCCAAGCGAAUACCGAAAUUGAAUUCACUAAAAGCAAAGAUAAUGCCGGGUUCCAAGCUGUAUCAACUAGUUUCGGUUUUAAAGAAAUCGUCACCAAGACUUCUCUACGUUAUAAGUAAUAAUCAAAAUAAAGACUAA